AUGGCACGCAGCAUCAAGGAAGACGUGGAUGAUGGCGAUGAACAUGCUGUCGUGAUAAUGAUUACAAUCCAGGCCAAGUAUUGCCACAACCGGAGAAAACCAUCCAGCAGAUUCGGGCCUGGCUCCAGCCCACCCCAUAUGAGAUCGCCGGAGGCGAAUAUCGCGAACAUCUGGCUUGAGGGAUAUGGGGAUCUGCCCUUCCAGCAGGAUGCUGCGCGACUGCUGAUUGAGGCAGGGGCAGAUGUCAAUGCCGUGGAUGAGUCAGGGGCGGACUGCCUUGUUUACGCUCGAGGCAAUUUUGAGAUGAGUAAGUUUCUCAUCUCUCGUGGAGCGGUCGUGAAAAUAGAAUCGAUAUUUGGGGCAAUCCAUGGUGAAAAUGCGCGCACACUUAAAGUCCUCCUGUCUGGCGGUAUUAGUGUCAACACGCGUCGCAAACCACCAUCUGAAGCUGUAUUGGCGUACGAACGGAAGAGCCGUUUCUCUGGAGGACGAGUAGAUUGGUCGCCGUAUCACUCAAAAGUAGAAGAUCACGAGAUAUUUCCACUACACUGUGCUGGAAGAAAGUGGCCCGAGUUGGCGAGGGACGAACCGGGAACAUUGCGACAGGCAGAGACCGUUUUCGCAAUGGUACAGUUACUGCUCGAUCACGGGGCUGAUCCAUUUGCCAAUUUCUUGACCCCAAGUCCAGUAACUUACGGUACAGCACCUGAGAAUUUCCGAGAGGCCACAGUGCUGCAUGAUUUGCUGCAUCAUGGCAAGGCGAUAGACCCUUUCUUCCAAAUUCCGCAGCUCGACAUACAUCGCCGAGAUGCCAGGGGUUGGACACUCCUUCUUGCAGCUUGUUCAGGCGGCCCGGAUAUCAUACUCUCCUGGAAGCAACAAGAAGAUAACACAGAGGAGACUGUAACGACAUUUCAAAAGCUGUUGUCAAUGGGCGCAGAUCUGGAAGCUCUGGACAAGGCGGGACGGAACGUUCUACAUCUGAUGAUCGGCCGUGAUGAUAUCAGUGGAUGGAAGAAUAUGAGCCAGAUCCAGAGCUCGCUGACUCAAAGUGUCCGAAGGGCACCCCACCUCAUGAACCAGAAGGAUAAUUCUGGGAACACCCCUCUGCACCUGUCCAUACUACGCAUCGUUGAGAGAUCGUCUCAUCACGGCUCUCUAGAUAAACCUAUAGCCGCUGAAGUGCUCAUAGCCGCUAGAGCUGACUACCUGAUUACCGACAAACAUGGCAACAGUAUUAUUCACCUUCUUGCCGCCGGACUUUACACCGAGGAAGAACGUGAAAUGUUUGAGCAGAUGGUACAACUGGGAAUGGAUGUGAAUGGGUGGAAUGAGCAGGGAGAAACCCCGUUGUUCCCAUUCUGCCGCCAACAAAUACAUCCGCAUCCGAUAUUGGGAUUCGGAUACCAAUCAAAGGGGAGGGGACUUCUGCACGCUGCUGCAGGUGGUCAAGCCGAGUUUUUCAAGGAGCUGAUGGGUUGUGGGUUGGAUGCUGGCUUCGAGGACGACGCGCAGCAGACACCGCUUGACAUGGCUGCGGCGUAUGGAAAUCUCGAGGUUCUAAAGAUUUUCGAGAAGAAUGCGUAG